AUGAGCCUCCUUGCCGCAACAAACAUUCAGUGGAUCCUCACAUGGCUGCGCAUUUCUCCCGCGCUGCGAUCGCGAAAGUUUCUAUCGACCCGAAAAUGUCAUAAGGGCUACUGCUGGUAUGUGGAUAGAUACGGUCGUGAGUUCGAUCGCUCUCGUACACAAGGAGAACUCCCAGACUGCGGACAGUACUCCAAUAAGCUCGACCAGGACGGCAAGACCGGACCGACCUAG